AUGUCACUUAAGAAGGGUGAAUUUGUGGGCUCUUUAGACUGUGGUACUACUUCGGUUCGGUUCAUCAUCUUCGACAAGUACGCUCAAAUAGUCGCUCAGCAUCAACUUGAAUUUCCCCAAUACUACCCUAAUCCAGGGUGGCAUGAGCAAAAUCCCUUAGAAAUACAAGCUCAUGCCGAAGCUUGCAUAGAACAAACUAUUAGCUCUCUAGUUGCCUCGGGCUUCACGAAGGACAGUGUAAAGGUCAUCGGCAUAACAAAUCAAAGAGAAACUGCUUUCGUCUGGAGUCGCAAAACUGGCAAACCCCUUUGUAAUGCUAUUGUUUGGGACGACUCAAGAACGAAAAAUCUCGUAGCUCACUAUGAACAUGUCCUUCAGACCAAGGGGAUUGAAGUUACACCCGGCGUAUGGAAGCAGGGUCAGGAAGGUAUUGAUGCGUUGCGGGAAAUUUCUGGCCUUCCAUUAUCGACAUAUUUUUCUGCUACUAAAGUUCGCUGGAUGAUCGAUAACUACCCGGAAGUUGCCCAAGCCCAUGCAAAUGAUGACAUGUGCUUUGGCACUUUAGAAUCAUGGCUUGUCUACAACUUGGUCGGUGGUGUGAAGCAAGGUUUGCACGUCUCUGAGAUGUCCAAUGCAGCACGUACGCUCUUAUUCAACACAACGACAUUAAACUGGGACCCAAUGCUGUUCAAAUUCUUUGGUCUUCGUCAAUCCAUCGUUGGCGACGUUGUUUCUACUUCUCAGACGUAUGGCCAUAUUGCUGCUGGUCCACUAGCCGGUGUACCAAUUGGCGGGUUGGUUGGCGAUCAACAAGCUGCUCUAAUCGGAAAUAAAUGUUUAUCCAAGGGUGAAGCCAAAUGCACAUAUGGCACCGGUGCAUUCCUUCUUUUUUGUACCGGGAACGAAAUCGUCAAGAGCAGUCAUGGAUUACUCAGUACUGUGGCUUUUCAACCGGGACCCAACAGCAAACCUGUUUUCGCCCUGGAAGGAAGUAUUUCAUCUGCCGGAAGUGCUAUCACGUGGUUAAAGGAUUCGAUGCGUAUGAUCUCUAGUUCUGCACAAGUGAAUGACUUGGCAGCCCAAGAACCAACCAGUGGUGGUGUCUACUUUGUCACUGCAUUCUCUGGUCUCCUUGCACCCUACUGGGACUCAUCUGCGACCGGCUUGCUGAUUGGUAUCACCCAGUACACCAAUCCUUCGCAUAUCGCACGCGCUACUUUGGAAGCCACCGCUUUUCAGACGCGGGCUAUCAUCGAGAGUAUGGUCCUAGAUUCUGGCAAGGAUGUGGCGAAUCUUAAAGUCGAUGGCGGAAUGACCAACGGCGACUUAGCUAUGAGCAUUCUAGCUGACCUAAACGGUACUGAGGUUAUCCGACCAGAAAUGAGGGAAUCUACUGCUCUUGGUUCUGCACUCCUGGCCGGCUCUGCGAUUGGGUUGUUCGGUUGGGAUCUCACUAAACCCGAAAGCUUGUCGGAGGUCAACACAAAAGGAACCCGCACUUUCAAACCCGAGAUGGCUGCUAGCAUCCGUGAGAAGAAGUGGACAAACUGGCAACGUGCAGUUGAACGCUCGAGAGGCUGGGAGGCUGGCUUUGAUGAAGAAGAGGAAGAAGAUUUGCUGGGUUAG